AAUAUUUUACCUGACCAGCCUUCAGUUUCCUGUGAAGUCAGUGACUGCUCCUUUUAAGGACACCGUUUUAAUCUGAAGUCUUCGACAGCCUCAGGGCUAAACCGACCCGGACUGCAAGCAGAGCAUCAUGGAGGAAUCUAUCUAUGCUAACGUAGAUACACCAUCAGGUUCUGCGGGCAAAAGGGAGAGUCUGCAAUCAUGCUCGGAGGGUUCUUAUGAAAAUGCAGACACAGGUCAGACUCUGGAGCUUCACACAGCUGGACAUACGCCUUCAGGUGCUCGAGAUGUGAAGAAGAAGUCCUACAGAGUUCCUGCCAUUUGCCUUGGACUGCUGUGUGUUCUCCUUCUGGCUGGAGUCAUCGCUCUGAUUGUACAAUACACCAAAGGCAACUCUGAGUGCAAAUCACACAUGGACCAGUUACAGACCAGAAACUACAACCUGACCAGAGAAAGGGACCAGUUACAGACCAGUAACAACUACCUCAUCAAAGAAAGGGACCAGUUACAGACCAGUAACAGAAAUCUGGCAGAGGAACAAAAGCGUCUACAACAGAAACUGUUGGAAAAUCUUAAUGCUCCUCAAGGAUGGGUGCAUUACAGCGGUAGUUUCUAUUACAUUUCCUCUCUGGAGAAGACCUGGCAGGAGAGUAGGGCUGACUGUCAGAGCAGAGGUGCAGACCUGAUGAUCAUCAACAGCAGAGAAGAACAGAACUUUGUGAAUGGUUUCAAGAAGACCCUGUGGAUUGGACUUUCUGACACACAGACAGAGGGGGAGUGGAAAUGGGUGGACGGGACUCCGCUCACUAAAAGCUUCUGGAACCCUGGAGAGCCAAACAGUCAUCAGGCAUCUGAAGAGGACUGCGUUGAAACACAACAGUAUCAACGGGAAAAUAGCUGGAAUGACGCUCCGUGCCAAAUUAAAAAACCCUGGAUCUGUGAGAAGACGUUUGCUCUGUCAGACACCAAAGGCAACUCUGAGUGCAAAUCCCACAUGGACCAGUUACAGACCAGUAACUAUAACCUGACCAAAGAAAGGGACCAGUUACAGACCAGUAACAACUACCUGACCAAAGAAAGGGACCAGUUACAGACCAGUAACUACAACCUGACCAAAGAAAGGGACCAGUUACAGACCAAUAACAACUACCUGACCAAAGAAAGGGACCAGUUACAGACCAGUAACUACAACCUGACUAAAGAAAGGGACCAGUUACAAACCAGUAACAACUACCUGACUAAAGAAAGGGACCAGUUACAAACCAGUAACAACUACCUGACCAAAGAAAGGGACCAGUUACAGACCAGUAACUACAACCUGACUAAAGAAAGGGACCAGUUACAAACCAGUAACAACUACCUGACCAAAGAAAGGGACCAGUUACAAACCAGUAACAACUACCUGACUAAAGAAAGGGACCAGUUACAAACCAGUAACAACUACCUGACCAAAGAAAGGGACCAGUUACAGACCAGUUACACAAAUCUGGCUGUGGAACACGAGCGUCUACAACAGAAACUGGGGGACAUGACGAAGUUGGAAAAUGAUCUUCGCAGGAAGCUUCAAGGUAAUCUUAAUGCUCUUCAAGGAUGGGUGUAUUACAGCGGUAGUUUCUAUUACAUUUCCUCUCUGGAGAAGACCUGGCAGGAGAGUAGGGCUGACUGUCAGAGCAGAGGUGCAGACCUGAUGAUCAUCAACAGCAGAGAAGAACAGAACUUUGUGAAUGGUUUCAAGAAGAACCUGUGGAUUGGACUUUUUGACAGACAGACAGAAGGGAUGUGGAAAUGGGUGGACGGGACUCUGCUCACCACAAGCUUCUGGAACCCUGGAGAGCCAAACAGCUACCUGUGGUCUGAUGAGGACUGCGUUGAAACAAAGUGGUAUGAAGUGGAAAAUAGCUGGAAUGACGCUGAGUGCCAAGACAAAAAACCCUGGAUCUGUGAGAAGACGUUUGCUCUGUAG